AUGCACAAUACUAUUCUCUUAGCAGCUUGGGCUGGCGUGUCUUAUGUUCUCUACAAGAUCAUCUCUUCGAUCAUCAUCUCACGCCGCCAUGCUGCUGCCGCGCGUCAAUUGGGCUGCUUGCCCGCCCAUCCAAAGAAGCAGUCGCCGCUUGAUCCUCUCGGAGUUCAGAACAUCGCGGAGAUACUCGUGGCGGAUAAACAGGCUCGUCUGCCACAGUAUCUGAAAGAGCGAGUCGAUGACGCAAGUGACAGAGAGGGCAGAGUCAUCAGCACGUUCCACCAGAACAUGAUGGGUGCCGAAUCUUUCUUCACGGUCGAACCAAAAAACAUCCAGGCUCUGUUGGCUACGCAGUUCAAGGACUUUGGGCUAGGAGAAAGGCGAAAUGGAAACUUCUUUCCAUUGCUUGGUCACGGCAUUUUCUCUAGCGACGGCGAGAAAUGGGCACAUUCAAGAUCACUACUUCGGCCUCAGUUUGCGCGAGACCAGGUGAGCGAUCUGGAUCUCGAAGAGGAGCAUGUGCAGAAUAUGAUGCGAGUCAUCCGCACCAACUCGGACGGCUGGACAGACGUUACAGACCUCAAGCCGCUCUUCUUCCGUCUGACCAUCGAUAGCGCCACAGAAUUCCUCUUUGGCGAAAGUGUUGAUUCUCAGCUUGCCGCGCUGCCCGACUACAAGUCCAGCAAACCCCCAAUGGCUGUGAACGAACAAGACUUUGCCAAUUCUUUCGACAAGGCCCAAGGCACUAUCGCCACAGCUGGUCGAUUGCAAGAGGCCUACUGGCUCGUCUACAACAAGGAGUUCAAAGAACACUGCAGACGCUGCCACGCAUUCAUUGACCAUUUCGUUCAGCUUGCACUAUCGAAAGACAAGAGGACCACUCAGGAGAAGUCACACGGCAAGCAGAAGUACGUCUUCCUUGAUGCGCUUGCAGAGUCAACCCGCGACCCCAUUGAGCUUCGAGAACAAUCCAUCUCAAUCCUCUUAGCCGGUCGUGAUACUACAGCAUCGCUACUGUCUUAUGUCUUCAUGGUGCUGUCACAGCACGAGGAUGUCUUCAAGAACCUACGUAACAUUAUCCUGGAGUCGUUUGGUACCUAUUCCAACCCACAGGAGAUAACAUUUGAAGGGUUGAAGUCGUGCAACUAUCUGCAGUGGGUUUUGAACGAGACUCUGCGUCUUUACCCAGUGGUCCCUAUCGAUGGUCGCCGUGCCUUGAAAGAUACUACUCUACCUGUCGGUGGCGGCCCAGACGGCACCGGACGUAUCUACGUGAAGAAGGACACGCCGGUAGACUACAGUGUAUACAUCAUGCACCGUCGUAAAGACCUUUGGGGUGCUGAUGCUGACGAAUUCAAACCUGAGCGCUGGAACGGCAGGAAGAGUGGAUGGGAGUAUCUUCCUUUCAACGGUGGUCCAAGAAUCUGCAUCGGCCAGCAGUUUGCUCUGACAGAAGCUGGCUACACCAUUGUCAGGCUGGUGCAGAGAUUUGAAGCCAUUGAGGGUGUUGGGAACACUUGGGAGCCAACAGAGAAGGGUGGCCAAACUUUUGAUGCACUGCAACAAUCUUCGGAACCAUUACGCACCACAUCGCCCAAUAUGCGGAGAGCGCGUGGACUUCGGGUUUCUUCAACCCGCGACAUCUGCAUCUUCUGCGCCACUCGUCAGUUAGCCGUCUCGAAUACACUCGCUACAUCCUCCAGCGCUACGCAACGGAGAGAGCUCAACUCAUCCAGCAGAACCCCGCAGUCGGCUGAGGGAAUCAUAUACAAAGAUGCAAAUGAGCGCAAUGAACCAAUGUCGCAGGCACAGCGUAUGCGGCAAGCGUUGGCAGCCAGCGCUCCCCAUGCCCCUCCGCCGCAACAACACGGAGGACAUAUGUCGCCGGCAGAGAGGAUGAGAGCAUCAUUGGCAACACAAACGCCUACAUAUGCCCAGUCACACAUGUCACGGCAGAAUCAGCCAGAAAGGCGGGCAAUGAACAGAGGUGGUGUCUUCGAUGGGCCGGCACGGAACCAGAACAGAGACCGCUUUGGACCCGGGGCCAGGAGGAACACGGUGAACGACCGGGGGAAUGACUAUAGACCUCCACCGCAGAAUCGAUAUUCUGUUAACAUGGAUUCAAGACCGCCCGUCCACACUCCAGCAUUCAACUCAGGUCACUUGAGACGACGAAACGAUCCACAGCCUGGACGCGCACCCUUCGGAGCAGACGAUCGAAGGCCACCACAGGUUUCUAGGCCUCCGCCGCAAAGCAAGAUGCUGGACCAAGACGAGAUAUCCAGGUUAUUGGGUGAUGCGUCCACAAAACGAAAGCCAUACCAACCACUGGCAAGGGACGUGAAUGCGCAAAGAACAUGUUUCCACUGUGGGUCCAAGGAGCAUCUGAGCAAUGCCUGCCCAACGAAACCGACACUUCGCGAGCGGCCGCCCCAAGCACGGUCGGAACAGAAGACGACAACAUACACGCCACCUCACCGCUACCAGGAAUCGAUAUCCGAUGCGGCAGAGGCAUGGGUACAGAAGUCUAAAGGCAAACUGGAAAUCGAGCGGUCGGCACGGGUGCAAAUAGAGGAAGAUAGCAGGCGGCGCAAUGACAUGGAGAGCGAGAGAAGGCGAAGCCGCUUUGCCUUUGACGAGGCAGGAGGGGUCAAGAAUCGAUACGAGGAGCCCCAGCGACGACAAGGCGGGAACAAGGGCAGGAACCGGCGCAUUCAACGGGAUGAAGAGGAGGAUGAAGAUGGGCCACAGGUCAGCAAGCAAGAACGUAAGCGACUACGAGCUGAGGCGAAGAAGGCAGCACAAAUUGCCAAGAACGAGCCCACGCCAAUAUCAUUACCCGAGUACAUCAGUGUAGCCAAUCUGGCGGGCGCUCUGAGGCUAAAGGUGGAAGACUUUGUGCAGAAACUGGAAGAACUUGGAUUUGAGGAUGUUCAAAAUGACCACAUCUUAAACGCGGAGCAUGCCGGUCUCAUCGCGCAGGAGUACAACUUCGAGCCAAUUUUCCAGUCACAGGAAGAUGAUGGCGACCUCUAUCCUGCGCCACCUCUAGAGCCUGAGGCUUACGCUGAGCUUCCUGCACGGCCGCCUGUUGUCACAAUCAUGGGCCAUGUUGAUCACGGCAAGACGACUAUUCUCGACUACAUGCGUUCGACCAGUGUGGCGGCUACCGAAUUCGGCGGCAUCACACAGCACAUUGGCGCGUUCAGUGUUCCUCUGGCAAACGGGAAGAAGAUCACAUUCCUCGACACGCCCGGCCAUUCUGCUUUCGAAACGAUGCGCGCUCGUGGAGCCAACGUGACCGACAUUGUGGUUUUGGUUGUUGCUGCGGAUGAUUCCGUCAUGCCCCAGACAGUCGAGGCUAUCAAGCAUGCACAAGCGGCGAAUGUGCCUAUGAUUGUCGCCAUCAACAAGAUCGAUAAAGCGCAAGCCGACAUUGAUGCUGUCAAGCUUGAUCUCGGUCGUCAUGGUAUUGAGAUUGAGGACUUCGGAGGUGAUAUUCAAGCCGUCUGUGUUAGUGGAAAGACCGGACAGGGCAUUCCGGACUUGGAAGAAGCCAUCUCAACAUUGUCAGAGAUGUUGGACCACCGCGCCGAUCCUGCAGCCGCAGUCGAGGGGUGGGUUCUCGAGGGUGCCACCAAGAAAUCUGGACGUGUGGCUACCGUCCUAGUUCGUAGCGGUACUCUUCGCCAGGGUACGUUGCUUGUUGCAGGAACUACUUGGACGCGCGUACGUACUCUACGCAACGAAGCUGGUGCCGUGGUCAAGGAAGUGGGACCUGGCAUGGCUGUCGAAAUCGACGGCUGGCGCGAUCAGCCCGUCGCUGGCGACGAGGUGCUUCAGGCAGAGGAUGAACAGCACGCUAGCUCAGUGACUGAGCUUCGCAGCGAAAAGGUCGACAGAGAGCAGAUGGCGCGUGACAUGGAAGCCAUCAAUGAAGCUCGCCGUGCAGAGGCCGAACGUCGCGAGGCUGAAGAGGCUGCUGCUAAGGCCAUCAAGAAUGGUGAGGAAGCUGUAGUCGCCGAGAAGAAAGAAGCUGGGCCCGAAGUUGUUUCUUUCAUCAUCAAGGGUGAUGUGUCUGGCUCUGUUGAAGCAGUCAUCGACUCCGUCUCGGCACUCGGCAAUGCAGAAGUGUCAACGCGUAUCCUCCGCCACGGUGUCGGCGCGCCAUCUGAAUUUGACGUCUCGCACGCCGCCGACGCAAAAGGGCACAUCAUCAACUUCAAUACUACAAUCCCUAACCAUGUAGCCAAACUAGCGGAAGAAAAGGGUGUUAGGAUCCUAGACAGUAACAUCAUUUACCGCGUCGUUGAAAACGUCAAAGAUGUGCUAUCAGAGAAGCUCCCACCAAAGGUCACCCAAAAGGUCACGGGUGAAGUGGAAAUCGCGGCAGUCUUUGAGAUCAGUCUCGGCGGCAAGAAAAAGCUGAAGGUUGCCGGAAGUAAGGUUCGCAAUGGUAUUGUUGACAGGGGUACCAAGGCCAGGGUACUCCGUGGCGAGACCGUUGUUCACGAUGGUGUGAUAGAGUCGCUCAAGAACCAGAAGAAAGAUGUGGAGCAUAUGCGCAAGGAUACCGAGUGUGGUAUCGGAUUUGAAGGCUGGGAAGACUUCAAGGUUGGUGAUCGCAUUCAGUGUUAUGAGGAGAAGUUUGAGAAGAGGAACUUGUAA